AACACUCUGCACUCAGGAUGAACAGCACGGCAGCGUUUAGUAAUGUUAUUUUACAAAACACAGUAUGUCGUGAAUAUUGCAGCGAAUAUAACUGAAUGCAAGAGAACGACAGGCUAGUCGUAUUUAUAAACAAACUGAAAAAAGUAUGUUUGAUUACAUUUUCAGUGGUCUGCCAGCCUCAGUCCGCCUUCCCUUCAUCUGCACUCCGGUUGAGCACAUUCCUUACCAGCUCACCCUCACUUCCCAACAGCUUCGCGCCCUCCCGGAUAAAUGCCAUGGCUCCAUAAAUUAGUACCGUCAUCUACCGGCGCCAUGGCGAUCUCCUUUGAUUCAUUCCCAGAAUAAUACAGGAAGUUAUGCUCUCAGCUCUCUUUGUCACCACCAGAGAGUCCUGCGAAACUCCGCGGCCCACCUUGGCGUUUUGCAACCAGGUAAGGAGGUGUGGGGAAGCCACACGCCGCCUCCAGCGCAACACUGCCCCGCCGGUGUCACACUAAACUCUACUCGCUGCCUGACAUUUAGGAGCAUCAGACUUCCCGAUUCAGCCUUCCCUAGCAACUGUUCAAGGUCACUAGGCCUAGGUGAGAUUGUGUCUAUAAAUAGAUUUAGCGGCAUAUUAUAGUGCCAAGCUAUUUGUGAAGCAGAGCUGAAACUCCGUCUGGGUUACAUAGCAACUUUAUACGUCUUUAUAUAAUCAUGUCGUGGAAUAGUGUUCACCUUCUGUUAUACAUGUAAUGUUUCACUAUACAGCCCUUAUAUUUUAUGUUUAAUGGCCUUCUUAACAAACAGAGGGCAAACAGACAAGAAUGAACAGCAAAACAGGUAAAAACAAAAAUAAGUUGUUCCUUGCAGCAGGCCGCAGCCUGAAUGACCUUGAGGGUGCGCCAGUGCCCAGCCUCUGUAGCAGCGCGCAUGCCCACAUCAGUACCACUACAAUACAGUAUACACGUACCAGGUCUGUGCUACUUUAAUUGAUAAGACUGAAGAAGACCAGUAGCUAUACAAUUUUCUAGAAUACUAAACGGAUUGAAUAAAAUACUGUUAUAUAUUAUGGCGAUGUGACAACACUGUUUCUCUGCCCAGCGGUGUCACCAGAACUUAAGAAUAUGUGUCCUUAGCACGCUCGUUAUCUGUUCCACACGCCUGGUGGCCCCUUGGGAGCAGGCUUUGAGUAGUGCUUUGCCAGUCCCGCUCCACCUUGACCGCAAUUGGUGUUCAAGGCAGUACACAUCCAACAAGUACAAACACCACCACGCAUAGCACCAGACUGCCUCAGGGGGGAAUCGCACUGCUUCGGUUCCCUGUUUCGAAGCUGCUCCGUACUUGACCGAUGCGCAAUGGUUCAAAUGACACGAAUAUUUUCUUUUUAGAUCGUAGUUCUUUGCGUAAAUGAAAAAUAGGCCUCAACUUUGUAACGUUACCCGAAAAAAUAAAAUAGAAUAAAAUAAUGCUGAUGUUUUCGUCUUACAACCGCAGUGAUGAGUUUUGUUGUUUUUUUGUGACAAUUUACAUUUCACCACAGCUGCAACGAACUGCAUUCACUCAGGCAACGUUUCACAUCUGCAAUGUAGUAAUGCAUUAGUUCAUAAUAUCUGAAUCAGGAAUACGUUCCCUUCAUACAGACAACACAUGUCAUAAGUUAAUAUUAUUGGUUCCAGAAGAGAAUGAGACGGGAUGCAAUGUCAGGAAUGGGUUGUUUCUUCACCUCAUGCUGGUAAAGGCAAGCUAUUGUCAUUAUCUUGUGUCUUUGCUCGCCCUUCACCGGGAUUCAUCACACCUUGAUAACACUGGCCAGGUGAUAAGGCAACGCCGAUGUGCAGUGACUCACUCUGAAACUGUGUGAAGGUUUCCUACGCACUGAUUGGAUGACACACCAGGACAAAAGAGGAGAACACUCAUACAUUAGCGCGGGGAAGGCAAAACGACAUUUUGUUUGUUGAAGAUAGAUUCCUACAGCACAGGAUUUUCUCACUUUAAUAAUACUGUGGAUGUUAUGAAGAUAAAUUUGACAGCAACAAGGUACUGUUUAUGUACCUGAAACAUUAAAAGCAUGAAUAACAUUAUCACCAUAAUUACAAUAUGAAACACGCGUUUACUUUGUAAUAAUAAUGACACAGCAGGCAGAUCAAAUAGAUUAGUAUAUAGAUAGAUACAUAGAUAGAUAGAUAGACAGCCAGCCAGCCAGCCAGCCAGCCAGCCAGCCAGACAGACAGACAGACAGACAGAUAGAUGGACGGAUGGAUAGACGUGUGUGUGUGUGUGUGUCUGUGUGUGUGUGUGUGUGUGUGUGUGUGUGUGAUGCAGCGGUGUCCUCCAGGAAAAAGUGAACAAAACAGCGGGUGUCGGCGGAUGAGGAAAAAUGAGCAAUAAUCCCUGCGUGGCGGAGUGCUGGAGGCGGCGACGACCUGGAGGAACAGCAGCACUACAUCGCCCUGUCACACCAAGGACAUGCAAGGGAAGCACAGCAGGGCAGGGGUUGAGUGCCGGGUGGUGGCCGUGGUAGUGCUGUGCUGCUCCCUGCUGGCUUACUCUGUCCUGGCCACUGUGCUGCUGUUCAGGGCAUUCAACAUGAGAACCACUCACUUCCUGAUCCAUGUUACCCUCUAUCAGGCAGCCACAAACAGCCACCAUCUCCUUUAGGACUCGCCCAUCUUACCUCCUGUCCAGUAUUGAAGACCUAUUCGACUUCAUCACCGUCACCACCGUCAACUGCUCCAACUCUCAGGUCAUCCCGGGCUCCUCUGUGCUGGAGACGGAAGAUCGCAUGAUCUCAGGCCACGAGGGCACCUACAUCUGCCUGGAUGCCCUUCCCGAGACCCCGACGCAGGAAUCCUGUCGCAUCUACUCCUUCGGCAUCAACCGCAACGACAUCAAGUUUGAGACUGUGAUGGGGCAGCGCGGGUGUCGUGUUCACCUGCUCAUGGCCAAUACGGAAUACAGCUACUCGCGCCUCAAGCCUAACGUGUACCUGUACCCGCUGGAGCUCACCGUCUCCCCUAGCCUCAACAACUACACCCUGGACGGCUUCCUCGAUCUCCUCACACACAUGUGGAAGCCCAUCCAUUAAAGUGAAGACCACCACGCGAGGCAGCGAAUGGACCUUCCUGAAGACCCUCUACCUGUCAGGCUACGAGGCGUACACCCACGUCAAGCAGAUCAGACUACUCCUGCACCUUCCCUACGCCACGGACGAUCACUUCAAGGACCUGGAGAGCCUGUAUCAUCUCCUGCUGGGGCUGGAAUACUAUGGUUACCGCCUGGUGCACUCCCGCCCCAUCCCUGGCUCCAUCUACCACAUACACAACCUGCAGCGACACGUGGCCACCAAGUAUGAGACAGUGUGGAUACGAGAGUAGCGCAGCAAAGCGAUGGGAGAACCAAGGAAACGGUGAUAUUUGUGCAGUCUCGCUUAUUUCACUCUUAAGGAUGAUUUUUUAAUUUUUUUUAUUACAAGAUAAUGUAUACACCUAAAAGAAUGAACGCUUGUAAUCUUUAAUAAUUAAACUAUUACCAUUCUA